UUGUAUUCGAGGUGUAAUCAGGGUUAAUCCCCUGUGUGUGUGUGUGUGUGUUUGUGUGUGUGUGCGCGCGCGGAUCUAUUCACAGCUCUAACUGACUGCUCCCUUCUCAUCAUCCACUCCGGAUUUAGCCGGCGAGGAGAAAACGAACAGCUGCUGCAAACGUUUUUAACACGGGUUUGUUUUGAGGACGGGGGAGUUUCUGAUGCCGUCAGCCGGGAGAGGAUCGUUACCUGUCCGCAGAGAAUAGAAACCAUGGCCGAAGACUACUGGGAGUGCACGGCGUCGGUGGGAUAUUAGUAUUUACAAGGACACAGGAACCUCACUUCCACCCCUGGGGGCGACUGCCCCAACAGUGGCUGCCCCUUCCUCUUCAUCGUCUCAGCCCCCCCUGCCCCCUCUGAUGGAGCGAGUGAGGAAGAUCAAGCGGCAGCUGUCCAUGACGCUGCGGGGGGGCAAUAGCGGAGACAAGAACAUGACGGAGAGCAUCAGCUCUCAGGACACAGGAGCACACAGUGACUCUGAGGCCAUGCCAGGCGGGGGUAAUGCCACUCUGCGUGGUUCAGUGAGAGGAGCAGGCGGCUCAUUCAGCAUGCACUCGCUCCUGCAGUCCUACAGCAGCGCCCUGCACCGGCCACGCAGCCUGGGCCGCAGCCUCAGCUCCUAUCUCAACCACACCACGCGCCUCGAGAUCGUCCACGAGGACGUGAAGAUGGGCUCCGACGGAGAAAGCGACCAGGCGUCGGCCACCUCCUCUGACGAGGUUCACAGCCCGGUCCGCGUGAGGAUGCGCAACAACGCAGGCCGCAAAAUUUCCACUGAGGACAUAAAUAAGAGGCUGUCUCUGCCAGCUGACAUUCGUCUUCCAGAUGGCUACCUGGAGAAGUUCAGUCUAAACAGCCCGCUGUUCGAUAAACCACUGAGUAGACGACUGCGUAGAGUCUCUCUGUCAGAAAUUGGUUUUGGGAAGCUGGAAACUUAUGUGAAACUGGAUAAACUAGGAGAGGGAACAUACGCCACGGUGUAUAAAGGUCGCAGUAAGCUAACCGAUAACCUCGUGGCUCUCAAGGAGAUCCGUCUGGAACAUGAGGAAGGAGCUCCCUGCACUGCCAUCAGAGAGGUUUCCCUGCUGAAGGAUCUCAAACAUGCCAACAUUGUGACUCUGCAUGACAUCAUCCACACCCAGAAGUCUCUGACGCUCGUGUUCGAAUACCUAGAUAAAGACCUGAAACAGUAUCUGGAUGACUGCGGGAACUGCAUCCACAUGCACAACGUGAAGCUCUUCUUGUUCCAGCUUUUGCGAGGACUGAACUACUGUCACAGACGCAAAGUCCUCCAUCGAGACCUCAAACCCCAGAAUCUCCUCAUCAAUGACCGCGGGGAGCUCAAACUGGCUGACUUCGGUCUGGCUCGAGCCAAGUCGAUUCCCACCAAGACUUACUCGAAUGAAGUGGUGACUCUGUGGUAUCGCCCACCGGACAUCCUAUUGGGCAGCACGGAUUACUCCACCCAGAUCGACAUGUGGGGCGUCGGCUGUAUCUUCUACGAGAUGGCUACGGGUCGGCCGCUGUUCCCUGGAUCCACGGUGGAGGAGGAGCUGCACUUUAUCUUCAAACUGCUAGGGACACCUACAGAAGAAACCUGGCCUGGAAUAACCUCCAAUGAAGAAUUCAUCUCCUACAACUACCCCCGUUACCGUGCCGACUGCCUCCACAACCACACUCCUCGGCUGGACAAUGAUGGAGUAGACCUGCUGUCCAAACUGCUGCAGUUUGAAGGAAAGAAGCGCAUAUCUGCAGAGGAAGCGAUGAGACACUCAUAUUUUCACUGUCUGGGAGAGAGAGUUCUCACACUGCCUGACACUACAUCCAUAUUUGCACUUCAAGACAUUCAGCUGGAGAAGGAGACGACCAUGAGGACAAGCUCGAUGUCCGACUCCGUGAACAGCAUAUCUCAGCGACAGAGUCUGCUCUUCUGAUCGGCCCGAGGCUCGACUAUGCUGAAAGAAAGAAGAAAGGACGACGAACAGAGAGAUGUUUGUGUGCGAUUAUGAUGAAGGGAUCCCUGUUUGUUUUCUUUUCACUUCUCUGAGUCGUUGCUGUCACGUGACAUUGUUUUUAGGAAGGAAAAAAAAAAGGGUGGGGUUACUAGAUGUUUACAUGGGAAGAUGAGAAUCAUAUUUGUGUUGUUUUUUUUUUUGUAUUUAUAGCGUUUGUGUCAUGAUUCUGCACUCCGUCUGCAUGUACCUAUAAAGCCAUGUUCUCUUCCCGCUCACUUACAGUCAGUCGUAUCACGAGAAGAUAAAAGAAAAACGAAGCGGCUGCACGCCAGGUCGAAUUUGACUUUACUGUAAUUGAUUAGGUUUUUUUUUGUAAUUUCUUUUGAAUUCGUUACAAGAACCACUAAUGAUGAAGCGAACGGCUAAUAAUAAUAAUAUCCUUGGCUUCAGAUCUCUGACUGUUGAACAGGAUUGAAUACUGUUAUGCAUUCAAGCCUUUGUUUUAGUCUUCCUCCUUAGCCUUUGCAAUCUGCCCCUCUCACACACACACACACACACACACACACACACGUGCACACACACACUGACAACUAAACCACGGCAUGAUUUUACCAAAGAUUUUUCCCUCCUUUAAAUCAUUCGAGCUUCCACCUUUCCCCGCACGUCCCCCAGCGUCUCUGUAUUUUUGCCCUCACAGCCAUCUGCUACUUCCUGUUUUGUUUGUUUUUUCCCUUAAAUGAGAAUCGAAUUGUUUGUUCACUUUUAUUAGUGAGGCAGAAUCCAGGUUUGUCUCAGAGCCUCAGCUGUGGCUUUCUGAAACAUCUCAGUCCUGGCAUUUCAACUCGCAACUUUCUCAGUAAGGAUGCAGAACUUUUGUAAAAAUAAAAAUAAUAAUUACGUUUUCUAGAGUGGAUAUUGGCUCCGCCCCCUCAGCCGGAAAAGAGUUUCUCAGCCACACCCCUUUUAUGAACCUUACGUAAUGCGUUCAGGGGGAAAAGUCUAUAAUCUACAGUACUUAUGUGUUUUUAACAACCCUUUAAUAUUCUACAUAGAACCAAUAACCAGUGUUUCUUCCCCGACACGAUUCCAGAUCAAACCCAUAGAGUUCUACAUGGAAGGGAAGUUCUACGUGCAGAGAGGGUAGAGCCUGAAAUCCCUUUCACACUAAAGACAGGCUCUAAAUGUAACAAACGGCUGCUUUAAGUUUCAGUCCGUGCCAGAUUAUUGUUUAGAGGAUGACGAUCCAUUUGCUUUAAAUCUGAGUUGAACAAAAAGAAUAAAAUUGCAGUUCAAAAUCACAAUUUCACCAGAUUAGAAAAGUGAAAUUAAACAAAAAAUUGGUGCCUCCCCAUUGAAAAGGUGUGUGUGUGUGUAUGUCUGUGUAUGCGUAUGCGUGACUGUGUGUGUGCCUCUGUGUGUGUGCCUCUGUGUGUGUGUGUCUGUUUGUGCGUGCCUGUGCGUGUGAGUUCUUUGGUGUGGUGUUUAGGUCCCACACCCUUUUAUUCUGUGGGUGUGUGUGGGUGUGUGUGUGUGGGUGUGUGUGUGUGUGUGUGUGUGUCUGUUUGUGUGUGCCUGUGCGUGUGAGUUCUUUGGUGUGGUGUUUAGGUCCCACACCCUUUUAUUCUGUGUGUGUGUGUGUGUGUAAAAACCCAUGACACCACUGUGUCUGAAGGUGAAGGUCAAGUUGUUGUUGUUAUUAUUAAUAAUGUUAUAUGAUGUUUUCUCAGAGCCUUAGUUCGUCAUUCCCCUUCACCUGUGAAGAUGAUUGUGUGUGUGUGAGAGAUGUGGUGGAAGUCUGUGGUACAGUGUAAAUAACAGAAGAGCAGUGAAUAGUGCAAUGACAGGAAGUGGAUUUAUAAAGCAACAUGACCAUAUUAAGCUUAUAGUUCUCUAUUAUUAUUGUGUUCAUAUAUUUUUUAAACAAAGAAUAUAUGGUUAUAGUGCAGUAGUUCUAGCUGGUGUAUCUUACACGAUUUGACCACUUUUCCUUAUAUGGAACAAAAUGAACGCGUUUCUUCCAUUUCAGUGUGAUGGGGAAGAGCUGCAGCGGGUUUAACCUCCUCACACAUGGCAAUAAGUGACACAGAACGCAAUAAUCCAUUCAUUCUCUCUCUAAAGUCACUUUUAUUUAAAACAUCUGAUGAAACAUAAGAGCCGGUUUAUCGUGUUCACUCCGUCUCCUCUGGCUGUGUCCCUAAUAGAGCCCUGCUCCCUGUUCUCUACAAACACCAAGUGCUUUAUUGUAUUCUUUCACUACUAGGAUUUAUUGCUGGAAUACAAACUCCAUUGUAGAGCAUUGUGGGAUUUCUCUCUUUCUCUCUCUCCCUCCCUCCACAUGUAUCAGGCUUGAUAUAAAAUUCUGUGUUGAUAAGAAUUUCUUUAGUUGCAUAGCAGUAGCCUGGUGUCCAAAUACCAUCUAGGGAUUAAACGCACCCAUGAUGCACUCUGUAGUGUGUAAGAAGUAGGGGAUAGAAAAGGGUGGAAUAGGGUGAAGGACACUGCACCUACUGUUGAAGAGAUGAAAUGGCUUCAUGUGAAGACUCCUGUAUUAGUCCACUAAUUAUCGUUGUGUGUGUGUGUGUGAGAUCUGAUAUCGGGUUCCUCUGGGACCCGUCUCUUGUUUUUAAUCGUCCCUGCUUGCUGUCUGUUCUGCGUCUCUCCUUCACCGCUCUCAUUUUCUCUCUCUCCUUCUCUCUCUCUCUAUCUACCCCCUUUCUCUCUUCCUCUAUCGCACUAUCUGUGUGGUUCUGCGUGCGUACAUAACGUCCUCAGCGUACACACGGCCGCACACCCCGGCGUGAUCUGAGCCAACACCGCACUCAGUGUGAUGUGCUUUUAAUGUUCCUUUUUACUCGUCGUCUGUUUUCGAUGUUCUGUUUCCAUGCAAGCAGAAACAUGAUCAGUAUUAAUCUUUUUAUUAGUUUUUAAUUUACUAUUCGGUAUGGAUUAAAAGAGCCAAGGCUCUGUUCCUGUUUAACAUGGAGCUGCUUUUGAAACGUCUCUGUAUGUGUUUUGUUUCUGUGCAUGUUUGUGUGUGGAGGUGAAGGUGGGGGACACGAAACACACCCCACUGAUGAGAAAGCAAUACCUGCUCUAAAGAGCCCAGGCCUGGUUUCUGAUGUAUUUCAGCGUGCUCUGAAAGAUCAUUUAUGCACUCACUAAUUUUACAAAUCUCAUGCCAUGGCUGUGUAAAAAAACACACACACACACACACACUCCCUGUCCCUGAAUAUGUUCUGACAUGAUUACACACAGACUUUGUGUUCUCGCUCUUGCAAUAGUUUGCAUGUUUUCACCAAACUCUGGAACCUGUGCAAACUUAGACUGAAUAUCACGACACUCGCCGUCCUUUCAGAAAGACUGAACGAUGUGGAAACACGGCUGACUGGACUGUUAUUUCCGCACACUUCCACACCGGGACUUUCUCCGAGCCUGAUGCUGAGGCAGGACGUUCGACUCGGAGCAACACACACGGACUGGAAUGUGUUUUUGUGCAGGAGGACAAAAAAAAUGUGAAUUCUGUUUUUCAGGCAAUACAAUCAUUGGCCCAAA